AUGGCCAAAUCCAAAUCCAAGACAGAGGCCUCACCCGAGACCGAUGCCGCACCCUCAGAACCCACUCCCCGUCCCGUAAGCACCUGCGGCAGCGAGCAUCUUCUCAUGACAACCCGUCGCCAAGCUUCAGAGCAAUACGCCAAAGCAGCCAAAGCCGAAAAAGCCUACCGCACCAAGAAGCGAGCUGCUCUCGCCCGCGCCAACUACAACGAGACCAAGACACACUUCAAAGAGGCCUUUUCGCACCUCUGGCUUGCUUUGAAGGGAGUAUUCCCAGCACUGAAGAACUCAAGAUACCUACUGGGUGAGAGGCGCGAUAAGAGGAGACAGGAGGCUGAGAAGAAGAAACGGGAGAAGAACCUGGAGCGGAAGAAGAAGCUUGAGGAGCAAUUGGCGAAGGAGGAGGCGGAGGCGGAGGCUGAUGGAAAGAAGGAAGGGGACAAGUUUGAAGAGUAG